AAACAUCGAGUGAUUUGCAUACCGAUUGCCAGAGAGUUUUGUCAAAUUGAAACUUGCAGUGAAUUGUGGAAUAUGUCCGAGACUGACUACAGGUUGUAUUUGUGCAGCAACUGCUAUCGCCGUUGCCUGUGGAGCGAGCUGUCCAAUGAGGAGCAUCGUUGCUUUCGUUGUCGCAUGCCGCUCCGUGCGUGCGCCAUUUGUGACCGCAAAUUCGAGCCGCGCAACCAGAUGCAGCUCUAUUGCAAGCGUUGUGAUUUCCAUCUGGUCAAAGAUGUGGUGGACUCAUCGCCGCCUGACUUGGAUUUGAAAUUGGAGCUGGAUACGGAUACAGAGUCGGAGCCAGAGCCGGAGACGGAACGCUUUGAAUCACCGCGCCGACGUUCGAUGGCCGAACGCUGGCAGGAGUUCAGGAUGGCAGCUGGCAUCAACGAUCGCUAUUUUGUUGACUGACAGAAUCCCGUUAGGCUACUCAAUAAAGGGCAUAACUAGUUGCAGCUGUGUGGCA